AGGAGUCUGGCCGCAGCGGCCCGACAGGGCCGUCGGCGCCCGGCACCGCGGCCGCAGGCUGCUGGGGCGCGGGGCCGCCAUGGCCGCCGUCCGCGUGUCCAUCAAGUUUGCGAAGGCGACGACGGACCUGGACUUCGAGAGCCCCGACGUCACUCUCGGGGAUCCUCCCGAUCUGCGGCGGGCGGUGGAGGCGCAGCUGUCGGUCCCCGUGCCGUCGCAGCAGCUCAUCUGCGGGGGGCGGCGGUGGCAGGGCGUGGCCUUCGCCGACGACCUGAAGGUGGUCGAGGCUGCCGGGCCGAAGGGCACGAAGGAGGCCGAUGGCCUCAAGGCCGCCGCCACCGUCGUCGUCGCCGCCGCCGUGGCCGUGGCCGUGGCCGUGGCCGUGGCCGCCGCCGCGGCCGUCGCCGCCGCCGCCGCCGCCGCCGUCCCGGCCCGCGGCGUUGCUCGGGGCUGCUCGGGGUGA